CAUAAAAGUGCCAGUUAGCUGGCUGCUGGGCACACUACUUGCGCAAUUAAAAAAAAGCUGAAAAAGGAAAAUAAUUUCGCAAAUAAUUAAGUCGUGUCCUCACAGAGUUUAAAAAACAGCAAAUCUAGCUAUUCUUAUUUUGCUUACACCCGGAAGGUUUAAAUCUUCUAUUAUUCACGAUCCCAAAUAUUUUCGUGGUGAAAACUAUAAAAACCAGUUCCUGCGCUAAACGAAUAAGGUGAUAACGGAACAUUCUGGAAAACGUAUACCCAGAAAGCAAAAUGAGCUCAAGUUCCCCGAGUGAAGCAGUGGUCGAAAAAAGUCCCGAUGGUUCUGCAGAAGACAAGUAUUGCUGGGUUUGUUUCGCUACGGCUGAAGAUGACAAGCUGGCUCCGUGGGUGCAACCUUGCAAUUGUCGCGGAGCAACGAAAUGGGUUCACCAAAGUUGUCUGCAGCGGUGGGUUGAUGAAAAGCAGAAAGGAAACACUUUCAAGCGGGUCAGUUGUCCACAGUGUCAAAGCGAGUAUAUAAUUGUGCUGCCGUCAAUGGGAGCCUUGGCGCACGUAUUAGAGGGAAUUGAUGCAGUGAUCAAACAGAUUAGCCCUUUCUUGACAGCAGGUGUAAUCGUGGGUUCAAUUUAUUGGACAGCCGUUACUUACGGCGCAGUGACGGUAUUGCAAACGGUUGGAUAUGAAGAAGGCAUUUCACUAAUGCAACGGGCGGAACCAAUCGUCCUUUUAAUUGGAUUGCCGGCGAUUCCAAUUGGGUUGGUAUUUGGCAGAAUGAUCCGCUGGGAAGAAUUUGUGCUUCGUUUUCUACAGACCAAAUCGUUUAGCAUGCAACAGUUUGCAAUUCUGAGUCUGCUGCUGCCUAUUUCAAACUUAGAUGAAACUGGCGCAAGUCCUCCAGGCUCCGGUUCUCCUUCAACCCCGAAUGCUCUUCCUCCGGGAACCGUAAUAACAUCGGAUCCACUUUCCGGAACACGAUUAUUGUGCGGCGCUUUACUUUUACCGACAAUUUCGUCUAUCGUGGGAAACGUUUUCUUCGAUUCAAUCCGGAAUAAUUUCCAACGUGCACUGGUAGGCGGUUUCGCGUUCGUUUUGGUUAAGGGUGUCCUGAAAAUCUACUACAAACAGAAGCAGUUCAAUCGAAAGAAGCAACGUCGCAUUUUGGACUACCUUCCAGAGAACAUUCGCAAGUAUGGUUCAGUCAAAGAGCAAAAGCAGCAGCAUGGCCAAACCAGACCAGGACAGCUGGACAUCGCGAACCAAGCUGAACCUCAACCUAAUGUUUCAAAUUAUCGGAAUAUAUUCUAGAUUUUCAACAAAAGCCUAGACUUAAACGACUGUUUCUGUAUAAAAGAAUGUAGAAUUUUUAUUUUUUUAGCUUGCAUUUAGGUGCAAGCAUUAUUUCUAAUUGAAACAUAACUAUCUACAAUUCGAAUCAAAUGAUUCCUUUUUUUCUAUAUAGCUACAAUAAAUAUCAAGAAAACCUGUUAAUUGUUCUG